UGCCCAUCUCUUUAGAUAUUAUCUCUGGCAAUGAUCAAAAUCAAUAAAAGUGAAUAGUUUUUAAUGUUGUUUUGAUUUUUUGUAAAUAAAGUAUCAAAUGGUAUUGUAAACCAGAUAUCGUAAGGUUGAAAGCAAUAAUGAGUUCUUCAUUGGGGUCUGCGGCCGUUACGCCUACAAAGCAGGUGAAAAUCGAUAGCUGGAUGGACGAAGUUUUACGUACGAAUAACGGAUCUAACAAGACUGGUAAACGUUACUCAAAUUUACUCGAAAUGGAACGCUUUGGUAACGCGAAUGUAUCUCAAGAAGUGAGCCCAAUAGAUGAUAUUCCGAUGCUCCCUGACGCAGAUGAGUUGCAAGAAAGUCUCUUGUACAAUGAAUCACCCAAUUUGCCUUCUGCCACAACCUACAAACAAUUGAGCUCAGAUAUCUUUCAACGUGGUAAAUCAUCGCUAGGGAGCUUGGAUGAGAUAGAUAUUUCAAUUCUAACUGAAUGUCUAGAACCCGAAACGGAUAUUGAGGAACCGGACGAACCAUGGAUUUGGGAUAAACUUUUCGCCCAAUUAUCUAUCAAAAUAUGCGCAGAAACGAAAAAUGUUGCCGUAGAAUUUUCGAAUUAACAGAAUGUACGUUUUAGAUUAAUUA